UUUCUAGUAUCUCCGGUUCGGCAGUAUGGCAAUAGUGAUGGUGAUGGCCACACGGAUCAAAGCAGUAGUCACCAAACCAAGUUUGAUGGCCACGAGGCCCCUGAGCAGCUUCUCCGCGCGUCCCAGAUCUCCGGGCACCGCCGUCUGGUUCCUCCCGGCCGCCGCCCUCCUCCUCCUCGUGCUCCUCCGCUGGUCGCCCAUGGGCUCCUACCCUCCCGUCUCCCCUCGCGGCUCCGGCUCGGUCCCGGCCCAGCGCGCCGAGCUUUACUCGAAGAUGGCGCGUGACCUCGACGAGCGCGGCGCGGCGUUCCUCAAGGGCGGCGAGACGUCGCAGUCGCUCACGCUCUCGGACCUCUUCGACACCGCAGCUGACGGUGCCGUCGUGCCCAGGCUCAAGGCCGCCGACCCGCCAGUGCGCGCGAAUGUGCUCUAUAUGGACCCCAAGUUCGCUGCUGUGAUCUCGAAGGCUGUCAAGGACGUAUUUCUUCCUUAUUUUGAUCAAGCUAUCUGGUUCCAAAAUACGAGCAUGUACCACUUCAGCAUGUUUCACGCCUCCCAUCACUUGGAGCCCAUUGUAGCAACCGAGGAUGAGAUUGAAGCCGAAGUGGAGGCAGUAAAAAGAGCCGCCGAGAAUUUUUGCCCGCUUAAAAUUGUAUUGGACAGAGUGGUUUUGACCUCAACCGGUGUGCUUCUUGGCCUGUGGCAGGUUGAAUCUGGCACUGAUCCUGCAGAAAUCCGCUCAAGAUUGAGAGAAGCUCUUCCUCGAGCACCUCAAAAGCAACUGUAUGACCCUGUUCUGCUUCACACCUCCUUUGCACGAAUUCUCGGACAUCCCAAGCUCCCAGAAGAGCAAAGUGCGUCGUCUUUUGAUCAUGUCAAGUUCUUCCAUGAGCUGGUUGUUCAAGUUAAUGAGAAGAUACGUGGCUUCCAGGCGACGGUAUCAGAGCUAUGGUAUGUCGAAGAGUAUGAUGUUCUUGCGCUAGCACUGAAUGGAAAGAUGAAAGUGCGGAGGCUCCACCUUGGAUGCAAUCAUCCGGGCAAUUAAAGUUAUAGAGGUCAUGAAAACGGGAAAGGAUUAGGAGAUGCGCAGCCACGAAGCAUAUUUUUUUGCUUGCCUAAAGGGCCACCUCAGCCUUGGUUCUGCCGAGCUGAAAGAGAUGCUCUACAGUCUGAAACUGGACUUACCAACAACUGACAAGCUAUAUUGACGAAUGUUUAUGUAGGAACUGUAUGCAUGUUUUAGUGGUGUAUGUAGUGUAUUACUUUUUUUUGAAUGCAUGUAAUGUAAUUAUUUGAGCACAAAAACUAUAAAGUUUUUGCUCACUAUGUAAUGAAAUGCAGCUUAUGUUCAUAUUCUGUUUAAUUUCUCCCUCAUUCGAUGAAUGAAGAACUGAAUUUCUUGUA